CUCGCGAGUUUAUGAAUGUAGAUAGUGUGACCUGCUCUUCACGAAUGAAGAUUUGGAUUGUUUCCUGUAACUCUUAAUCAGAUUGUGUGUAUGAAGAAAGGAAAGCCAUACAAUUUAUGAAUAAAUUGAAAAUAAUUCAUACUUACCAUCUACGUCACAUAGAUUUCUCUUGUUUUGUCCUAUAUUAAGGUCAGUGCUACAUCACUGACGUAAAUUAGAAGCAUGGUAAAUUUAUUAUUAUUACUGACAUCAAUAAAAUUUUUUGUGAGUUGUGAUUGUCAGGCGUAUACACAAGUAACUGUUUUAUCUUUUUUGAAUAUUAAGUCCUUUCUAUAGAUUGAUUGUAUCAUUUUUAUUGACAUUGUAUCGUCGAUAUGUAGUGCCAAAGUUAUCAGUUAAGCUAGAACAAAUCCAAAAAAUUAUUAUAAACAAUUUCUGUUACAUGUUAAAGCCAAUCGAAUGGAUGAUACAUCGGGUCCUGUUUCCGCUAAGCUGGUUUAACACUUUAUUGCCGACAAGAACACUAUGUGAAUCAGUCAGUCGUUGUAGCUGACUGACUGACUUACUAUGUGAAUCUAUGCUUGAGUACACAUCGAUGAACCAUUCGUGUUCUUAAAUGGAAUUUUCCUCUAUUUGUUGAGCUGUGGGAUAGUAGUUAAAUCACAUGACUUCCAACCAGCAAGUUGUUUAGAACAAUAUAAUGUCUGUUAGUACAGGGGAAAUUGAAUUAUUUAUAUCGCAAAAUUAUUCUGAAGAAUACAUUGGAAUCAGAUUAUUGUAGCGUUUCGAUCGAAAUAUUUCAUUAGUAUUCUGAUAUUAGCACUGCUAUUAUUAGAAAUACAUACUAAUUUAAGUCAACAGGAAACUUCAGCUUUAAAUCGGUUCAAACUAACACCCUUCAAACAGGUUCAUUAGAUUUGCUACCAGCCUAAAUAGAAAUAUUAAUUACUGAUGAGUUUUCAACCUUUAACUGUCUUACUCAAUUGGUAAAUAAACGAAAAAAAACAGGUUACUGAUUGCUUCUCAUUACAGCCAACUCUACAUAACUAUGUUUAGCUUAGUUAAGUAAAAAUGAUCAUUCCGAGACCACUAAUUUUAAUUCACCUGGGAUAUGGUUUGGUUUUUUCACUUGACUUAGUAUCGAACAAUCGAAGUUAUGCUAGAUAUCCCAAUAAAUGAUCAUUCAUUUAAUUCCGAAUUAAAGAAUUUUCUUAGUUCACGUUCUACGUUUAUUUGAUCAACUUAGAGUAUGCAAAUGUCUUUUUAAACAAAAGCGUCAGAUAAAUGCGAAGAGUUUGAUAAACUUUAAAAGAAAGUGUUUUUUUUUUACUUUUUGACUAAUACAUUUUCAAAUUGUUCUUGCUUGAAUCACUGCCUAGUUUUAUAAUAAUGAUAAGUGGUCUUAAAUGCAUAAAAAGUUAGUCAUUCAUAAAGUCUCACCGCAUAUGUUUCAGAAACAUUUAUAUAAAAUUCGUGCAAGUUGCAAAAACAUCCAACCAAAGUGUCCAAAAUAGCACGUAACUCACAUUCUAAAUUCCACUGCUAUCCACUAUCAAAACUUUGUUUAAAUAAACCUGUUAUUUGAUGUCAGUAUCGAGAUAAUCCGCUGAUGAUGUACAUCUACUAAUAUGGACUGAUCAGUUGCAUAGUACUUAACAUAAAAAACGGACAAAUCUAAACCCUUACAAAUGAAAUGUAUAUGAAAUAUCAGUGUUACUCAUUCUUAUUUUUAAAAUUUGUUGAUAAAUUAUUCUUUACAAUCACUUCGACUUUUUUGAUUCAUCCUGUUUUAUUUAUAUAUCUAGCCUAUUGUCUGAUUGGUUUCGUCGAUAAAUAGGUAAAUUGCUCUGUUUUUUGGGACAUUUGCCUAAACAUUCAACCAAUAUAAUGGAUGGAUUUGGGUUAUAGCGAUUAAUUUAUUCAACAAGUCUAAACAUGAAUUCUGCAUCAACUAACUUUCAGUGCACAACUCUACUACCGGAUUGUUUAAAUUCUAAUGCCUUAAAAACAUCAUCAUUAUAUAUGAGACGAUGGAGAAGGCGUCAAUGUAUGAAGUUGGAGACUGAUCGACUUGAAGGACAACAGUGUCAACAACAACAACAACAACGACAAAAACCAUUAUAUGACGAUUUCGUUUCAAAUACGAAUUAUUUCCAAAAUGCAGUUAUUAACCUUAAUCAAACUGUGGACAGUAUUCCGAAGACAAAUUCCAUGUUAGCAAUUAGUGAACUUACAAAUUACAGUCGUGAUACUUCGAUUACUACUACUUCUACCAUUGAUGUUACGUAUACUAAUAGUGAUAAUAAUAAUAAUAAUCGAAGCUAUCAGUCACUGUCUACAAACACUUCAGUUACUAGUCGAUCGAAUGCAGAUGCUGAGUUUUGUAAGAUGUCUAAUUCGACGCCGGCGAUGUUUAAUGGUGGUGUAACAUCUCCUGGAAAUUAUAAAAAAAUAUUAAUUGAUCGAUACUUGUUGAGUCAAUCAAUGUCACAUUGUGGUACAAUCUAUGAAUCAAUCAGUCCAUUUACUAAGAUGGUACAUGUCCCAUUAUUAAAAGAAACACAAACAGAUUACAACAAUGAAAAAACUAUGAAGGUGCCGUUAAAUACAGAUACGAAUUAUCACUUGGAAACUAAAAGUACAAUACCUGAAGAGUUGAUCAAUAGAAAGAAAUCUAAUUCAUCGGACAAUCAAAUCAGAAAUUUCCAAUCUCUCAUGAGAAAAUUGCUCUGUGAUAUUUUAACCAGAGAACUAUUGGCUAAUAAAUAUAAAUAUAAACCGAACAUGAUUCAGUCAACCGUUUCUUCCAAUCACAACCGAUAUUGUAAUACAUUGAAUCCACAAAAUCCUAUCAGCACCAUCAAUGACAGAAUUUACAAUCCCGAUUCUUCAAAUACUGAAACAAAACUAUCUCUUAAUAACGAAAAUUAUGAGCAAGCUAUUUCAACCCCAUGUUUUUAUCCUAAUUUCUUGAAUGAAUUACAAUCACUACUGCGCAAUAACUGCUAUUCAGACGAUAUGAAGGGAAGUGAUCAUCAACCGACCGUAAUGCAAAUUUUAACCGAUGAGAAGAAUAGUUCGUUGUAUACAUGUUUGGACAACUCAGCAUCAUCGUUAUUGGAAAUUAAUUCGAACAAUCAAUUGAAAACUCCUUUACUCGGUAUGCAUAAUUCAAACGAUAAGUUAUUGUGUCCGGAAGUGAUUGAAAAAAAUUCAGUGGAUGCUAGUAAACCACAACAUUCACAAAAAUCAUCAUAUCAUUCAUUGGCAGAGACAUCUAUGAGUCAAAUGUCAAAGCACUCCAUAAAUAAUAACGAUACUGUUAAUACUACCGCUACUACUGUAUUCUCUCCUAAUUUUUUACAUUCAAUACAUAGUUCAGUAAAAAAUCAUAACAUUCAAAAUUCAACGUUUAAUUCUUUAUUGUUGGUAUGUAGUCAGCCAUAUACAACAGUGUCAAUUGAUUCAGAACCAUCGACGUUAACUUCAUCAACAUGUACUACUCACAGACAGCAACAAUAUACAUCAGUUGAAACAUCUGUUUCAUAUCCCUCAAGUCCAUUAUUCAAAUAUCGAUAUCUAAUAGAUGAUCACAAAUUUUCGACUACACCUCUUCAUUCAUCAUUAUUUUCACCGACUCAUAUCAUGCCAGAAAAAAGUUUUGAUGCCACCAUUAUUGCUUCUACCACUCCUUUUACUACUAUUAUUACUACUAAUUCUAAAAUGAAUGAACAAACUAUUACUCAUCAGUCUCAUUUACCUUUUAUAAACACUUCGAUUGCUCUUAAUCAAAUAAAUACCACUAAUGUUAAUCAGAUUUCUAUGUUUAAUAAUAAUAAUACUAAUAAUACUAAUACUAAUACUAAUACUAAUACUAAUAAUAAUAAUAAUAAUAAUAAUAAUACUCUUGUUCAAAGUUAUUCCGACCUACAGUUUAUGGAUGUUGAUAAUUAUCAAUGUGAAAAUUCAUCAAGCUGUAAACAAACUGUGUCGAAUAAUACUAAUAAUUGUACUACAUUUAACACAUUUUCAUCUGUACGAACACUUACUUCUAAUAAACAUAGUAAUACCACUUCUACCACUACUAAUGAUACUAACAAAAGUAGUAGUAUUAAUAGUUCACUUAUUCAGCAUAGAACUUCAAAUGGUUUAUAUGUAUGCAUGGUAUGUUCUCGUCAGUUUACUCGUUCUGAUAUGCUUGUAAGACAUGCUCAUGUGCAUACAGGUCAUAAACCAUUUGAAUGUAUAAUAUGUGGUCAAGCAUUUAGUCGAUCUGAUCAUUUAUCUACACAUCAACGAACACAUACUGGUCAAAGACCGUAUCAAUGUUCAUUAUGUUAUUAUUCUGCAUCUCGGCGUGAUAUGAUUACAAGACACUUAAGAGUACAUCAAAGAAAAGGUCAACUAGUUUCAACCAAUGAAAGUGGUGGACCUUUGAAAUUACAUUUCACUAUCAACUUUUCACAGCCUUCUAAGUAUCCUAUCAAACAGAAAGAAGGCAGAAAUACUUCUCCUCUAGUGAGUGUAACAGAUAAUCGUUUCUCAGUCAUAUCAUCACAGUCUUCUCAUGUCAGUAGUAUUCAUUAGAGCAUAUACAUAACCUCACUGGAAAAAGCGGGACAAUGUUUGGAUGCAUUUCAGUUUAACACAAACAAUUAUCAGCUGAAUGACAAUCGAAUUUUGUUUUAAUAAAAUCAUUCAAUCAUUUUGUUCACCUUGACUUCCAUCACUAUGUCUUCCGAAAUAAAUUCCUACUCUAUAUGAGUUAUUUCGUCUGUGCUUAAGGCUUAAAUUUAUAUCGAUAGGUGUUUGGAAGCAAAAAUAUUUGUUUCUUUUACAUAUUUGUUCAAAGUAAUACAUACACACAAUCUCUGCCAUUGUGAAUAAUUAAAUGUUUUAUGAUUUGAAAUUGUUGUUAUUUCGAAUGAGCAAAAAAGUAUUUCAUGUGGAGAUUCCAAUUUAUAUUAUGCAAGAAACAUUAUAUUACAUCAUCAUAAAUAGUUCAGUAUAAAUUAUUGAAUUGUCUUCAUUCCACUCCUUCUCCUACCAUCAAUAUAUAUAUAUAUAUAUA